GGCCCUCCCCCAGCUUGAGCGAGACCAACGAGAGGACACCACCUGCAUCUAGAAUAGCUCGACAAGGAACGUAACCGAGUGGCGAGCAAACGUGGAAGGAAAGCCGUCUGCGGCUGCACCUUCGUGCUGUCGAACCAUUCUAGAUGCGGGUGAGUGCUGGGCCUUAGCCGCCCGCCCCAAGCGCACCCCGAGCGGUCCAACUUGUCUUCUCCGGGAAAAAAUGCUUUCUGAAAGCAGCUCAUUUUUGAAGGGCGUGAUGCUCGGAAGCAUCUUCUGUGUUUUUACCACUAUGCUGGGACACGUUGGAAUUGGCCUUGGAAACAGAAUGCACCACCAUGAGCAUCAUCAUCUCCAACCUCCUAACAAAGAAGAUAUCUUGAAAAUUUCAGAGAAUGAACGCAUGGAACUCAGUAAAAACUUUCGGGUAUACUGUAUCAUCCUUGUAAAACCCAAAGAUGUUAGUCUUUGGGCUGCAGUGAAAGAGACUUGGACCAAACAUUGUGACAAAGCAGAGUUCUUUAGUUCUGAAAACGUUAAAGUAUUUGAAUCAAUUAAUGUGGAAACAGAUGACUUGUGGUUAAUGAUGAGAAGAGCUUAUAAAUAUGCCUUUGAUAAAUACAGCAACCAAUACAACUGGUUUUUCCUUGCACGCCCCACUACAUUUGCUAUUAUUGAAAACCUUAAAUAUUUUUUGUUAAAAAAGGAUCCAUCACAGCCUUUUUAUCUAGGCCAUGCUAUUAAAUCUGGGGACUUUGAAUAUGUCAGUGUGGAAGGAGGAAUUGUCUUGAGUAUAGAAUCAAUGAAAAGACUUAACAGCCUUCUAGAAAUUCCUGAUAAGUGUCCUGAACAGGGUGGGAUGAUUUGGAAGAUAUCGGAAGACAGGCAGUUAGCAAUGUGCCUGAACAAUGCUGGAGUGGUUGCAGAAAAUGCAGAAGAUGCUGGUGGAAAAGAUGUAUUUAAUACCAAGUCUGUUGGCCUUUUUAUUAAAGAGGCAAUGAAUAAUCAUCCUAACCAAGUAGUAGAAGGAUGUUGUUCAGAUACAGCUGUUACUUUUAAUGGACUGACACCCAAUCAAAUGCAUGUGAUGAUGUAUGGUGUAUACCGUCUUAGGGCAUUUGGGCAUAUUUUCAAUGACGCCUUGGUUUUCUUACCUCCAAAUGGUUCUGACAAUGACUGAGAAAUGAACAUGUGUAUGAUCAUUGCAUAGGAUAUGUAUCAAUGCUAUUUGUGGUAAUGACUGCAUAUCCAAUACAGCAGUGUGUUCCUCCUUCAAUUUGGUGUCUCUGGUUUAAUAUUGCAUUAAAUAGUUCAUUUUGAA